AUGCAGGCUGUCCACAUCACUGCGCGCGUGUCGCUGCUCUUCAUGCAGGGCUCGCUGAAGGUGAUCUUCGGGGAGCCCUUCGUGUCCACCGAGCUGCUAACCGUGCAAAGCAUCAAUGGGCAGGACGCCGUUCGGCGCAUGCUUGUGGCUAUUCUGUUCAUCGUCCUGAGCGUGCUGAUCGUGGAGCCGCGGCGGGACAAGAGGAUCCAGUUCCUGCAGUACCUGCUCCUGAUCGUGGCUGCGGCGGGCUUCUCCGCCGACGAUGACCGGCGUUCGGACUUGCAGGGCGAGGAGGUGAGCUUGGGCUGUGGUCUGCAGGCAUACUACGCGCCCCCGAAGGCAAGCGGGAGGCAGAUGGGCGUCGUCGUGGUUCACGAUGUAUUCGGCUUCCUCUCGCCAGGCUGCAGGCGCGCCGUGGACCGCCUCGCCGGCAAGGGCUACGCGGCGCUGAUGCCCGACCUCUUCGGCGGCAAGGAGCUCACCAGGCCGGCGUGGCCGAGCGCCGGCGAGCCGCCGGAGGGGCCCGCCUUCGAGCAGUGGCUCGGGGAGAUCACCUCCGAGCCCGCCUGGGGGGCGCUCCGGGCCGACGUCCGCGCCGCGAUGGACUUUCUUAGGGGCAAGGGCUGCAAGCGCUUCGGCGUCGUCGGCUUCGGCUGGGGCGGUCGGGCCGCGGAGGUCGUGGCCUCGGGCCCUGGCGCGGAGCCCCUGGCGGUGGUCGCGUCGCUGCACGGCGUCCGCCACGGCGCCUCCACGUACAGAGAGGUGAGGUGCGGCAGUGUGCUCUACGUCGCCGUCAAGGGCGACCCGUUCCGCCCGCCCAGCCGCCGUGGGCGCAGGAGCAAGGAGCAGGAGAUGGGCGUGAAAUGGGAGCCAGUCGCGGCCGGCCAGCAUGGCCUUGUGGCAAUCAAGCGCCGGAGCCACGGGACUGGACAAAUACCAGUGAACGAGAUGCAGUACCGUCAGAUCAUCGCAUAUAUCAUGAGGUUCGGCCACCUCGCGGAGCAUGGCAGCCAUAACAUCAUGAACCCAGCUCAGAGCCCAUCAGCAUUUCAUGCGACCGAGCACACCUUCAUGACCGAUGGGUUCGGGCAGCCGAUUGGAUUACCGAGCGGUACCAGUGGAAUAUGGCAGACGGGAGUUUUCGGAUCAGGGGCGGCAGCGGCUACUGACGAGUCCUACUUGCACGGCGGCGUCGACGCCGACGCGACCGACGACGAUGGCGAAGCCAAUGCUGUUCGCUUUCAACGUAAAGAAGAUGAGCCAGAUAUGACAGGGUGGUCGAACAAUGAGCAGGCGGAGUUCUAUUAG